UAACGUUGUCAUCCGAAUGAAAAAACUUUCCAUCGUAAAUAUCGACAUCGACAAAACAAAUAGAAGUUUCGUAGCAAAAUUUAUUACUUACGCAGAAGGUGCACGCGCCUAAUUUUCUUCACCAUAUAUCUAUUCCUUGUCACGUGACUCAAUUUUAGUUCGCUGACAGUCCGAGCGAAUGGCGCUGAAACCUGAAAAAGAGUGUGUUUGUACAAUCACGUGUAUAUUUGGAUAUUUGUUAAUUCUAUUUCUUUCUGCAAAAGAAUUUAAUCUCGAAGAUGCCAAUUUCAAAGAGGGACAAAAAAGUAUCUCUUACUAAAACCAAUAAGAAAGGCUUAGCUUUGAAACAGCGGAUCGUAGAAGAUGUUAAGAAAUGUGUAGAAGAGUACAAUCGCAUAUUCUUAAUCUCUGUUCAAAAUACACGCAAUACUAAGCUUCUUGAUUUGCGUACAGAAUGGAAAGACAGUAGAUUCUUUUUUGGAAAACUUAGAAUAAUUGCAUUGGGACUGGGAAAAUCACAAGAGACAGAGGUUGCAGAUGGCAUACAUAAAUUGGCUAAUGCGAUAAAAAAUCAUUCGAUGAAAGGUCAAUGUGGCCUAUUAUUUACUAACAGAUCAAAGAAAGAGGUAAUGGAAUGGACAGAAGAGUAUGAAGAAAUGGAGUUUGCUCGUUCUGGAUUUGUAACACCUCAUACAAUUGAAUUACCAGAGGGACCUUUGUCACAAUUUCAACACACUAUGGAACCACAAUUAAGAAAACUGGGUUUGCCUACCUCAUUGCAAAAGGGAGUUAUCACUUUAACUAAACCAUUCAAAAUUUGUCAGAAAAAUGAUGUACUGACACCGGAACAGGCACAAAUUCUGAAAUUAUUGGAUAAACCAUUAGCAGUUUUUAAGUUGUUACUUUUGGGAGUGUAUACAAAGAAGCAUGGUUUUAAAAAACUUAAAGCAGCAGAUAAUGCAGAAGUAAAUGAUGAGGAAGAAAUGGAUGUAGAAAACAAUGAAUAAAAACAUUUGUUGAUUAUAAAAAGAAA